CAUGUGUGAUCGGGACAGUACAGAAAAGAGGAAUCCGUCCUGGAAUAUUUGCAGAAGUGCCAUGACCAAAACAAGGGCUUAAACUAGAUUGGACUAUUUUCAGAUGGGUACUUCAGGGUUGUGUUGCGGCAGUCUAGAGGAGCAGAAGGGACUGAUGAAGAUGGGCCUCAGUAUGGUGUUAGUAGGGCAUGUGAACUUCCUGCUGGCUGCUUUGGUUCAUGGUGUGGUGCUAAGACACUUCAGCCUCCAGCGAGGACAGGCCAUGGAAAGUGCCAUCUCCAACGUCAUCGCCCUGACGGCCGGCAUGCUGGGUGUCAUCAUUGGGAUAGUGACUAUUGUUCAGUCCAAAAACAUGAAGAACAGGGUACUGACGUGGUCUCUGCUGGUGUUGAGCGCUGUGGCAGGUCUUGUGGCAGCCGCUUCAGUAAUUGGACUCACGGUUUCCUUGAUAAAGACUGUAAUUCAUGGAGAAAAGAGGUUACUUGCUUACUGCGGAUACAGUGAUGGCAGGAGUCACCUGACCAUCGCCAACGAGUGUCCCUUUGACCCUACUCGUAUUUUUAGCACCACGAUAGUCCUGUGGGCCCCGCUGAUUCUGCUGAGUGCGGUGGAGAUGCUGUUCUCGGGCCGCUUAUUUACGCUCUGCAUCUCCUCUCUCGGUCUGCCCUGCUGCCAAGAGGACAGAAAAUUGAUGAAGCCACCAAGAGCAGCCGAGCCCUGUUUCGGCCCCCUUUCACAUCGAUGUCACGGAGAGGAUGAACAGAGGUGGUCCGGCAGAUCUCAAGAGCGGCACAAACCACACCCAAUCUCUGGACCUCACCGCUCAGCCGCAUCCGGCCAGUGCCGCCAACACCCUGCCGCAUCCCCGUUCAACCGGGCGACGCUGCAGCGGUCCAGUAUUUGGAUCUGAAUAUGAACCGGUCUGUGACUGGUCUUUUUGAGGGAAAUGCAGGUCAUUUUUCAAACAGAUUUAUAGAUUGUCAUAGCGUGUGUGUGUGUUAAUAAUAAGCCUAAGUAAAAACGUAGCUUAUGCUUUAAGAAAGAUUGUGGGUUUUGUAAAGGUAGCUAUACAUAGGGUUUAAAGUCCAAACCAAAAAGUUAUAUCCUACACAUAAUUUGAUUUUUUUAAGUUUCUGACAACAAUAUUAAAGUAUAAUAUCAUAAAAAAACACCCUAAUUAUAUCAUAUUUAUAAUAUACACUGUAAGAAUUAACUUUAUUAAAUUAAAUCUGUGUAUUAAACUCAAAAUUAAUUCUACUCACUUGAAAAAAAAAGUUUUGAAUGAGUUACCUAAAUACCUUAUUUAACUUAAAUGGAGUAAGUUCAUAGUACUUGUAGUUUUUGAACUUAAAUGGUUUGUAGCAAUCAGUUUACUCAAAAGGUUUGAGUUGCCUUAACUUAUUGGGUUUUACAGUACUCCGUUGCUUUGAGUUCUCUUCAUUUAUUGGGUAUUACUGUGCUCAAAUUGCUUCGUUUACUCAAAUAGAUUAGGUUCACAGUAAUCGUCAGAAUUAGUUUUUGAACUUAAAUGGUUUGUUGCAAUCGGCUUCCUUAACUGCUUUGAGUUACCUUAACUUUUGGGUUUUACAGUGUAUAAUUUAAAAAUAUAUAAUAUCCCGUCUUUCCAUGUUUUCGAACAUCAAGACUUUUAAAACUAACACAGAUUUCUAUUUUUUUACAUUAAUUUAAUAAACAUUUUAAUUUAUGCAAAUUGCAGUUUGGAAUCAUUAUCCUACCUUUAAUUUAAAUGGUGCUGUUAAAUGUGGCAAAAAUGCAUUGAUACAUUGUGUUUAAAUUAUUAGUGUGUUAUAAUAUCUAAGGUAUGGCUUAGAGAAGUAAAAAAAAA